CGGCGCUCUAUCAUAAACACAAAUCACACACAAACUACAUACACUUUGCUGUUAUAAUUAGUAAUUACAACUGGAAUCACCUGUAAGUGAUUAAUGUAGAUAAGAAGCCAUGGCAGGUAGACAGUCAGUGAAUUUCAAUAAGCCAGCAGAACCGAAUUUUCUCAAGAAAUUCAAGAAAGAAAUAGGUUACAAAGAAGGACCCUCGGUCGACACGAAGAGACAAGAAUUGGGAGGAGUAGAUGACACUGACGAUAGACCAGAAGAAGGGGAUGAACAACCGGUGAUUGUGGUUCCUGAGAAUAGUAAGAUAAGUGAACAGGAAAUAGAAGACUUUAUGAAAGAAAAGGAAAGAGGUGAUGCAAAAAUAGUUUUUAAGAAGCCAACCAAACGUCCGAGCGAUGAAUCAGAAGUAAACACAAGCAGUACAAAGAAAAAGAAAGAAAAGAAGGAUAAAGAAAAAAGCAAAAUGAAGAAAAUCAAAAACAAUUCUCUGCUCUCCUUUGGUGAUGAGGAAGAAGAGGAAAGUUGAUAUAAUGCACUAUUUAAUGAAGUCUCAGUGAGUAAAUAAAAAAGAAAGAAAGAAAAAGAAAAAA